AUGACAGCAGCCAACUCCGAAUUUGAAGAAUUCUUUCGUUAUACAAGUGGGCGAUGGCUCUGGGAUGAAGAACAGCAGCUUCAGGAUAGGUAUCGGGCCUUCAAUGUUGCUGGGCUCCAAGGCUUAGCAGCCAGAGCCAUUGGCUCAGGCGGCUGCGUCUCGAUGACGAAGUUGGCAGAGGGAGGAUAUAACAAGGUCUUCCGCUUGGUUAUGAAUGACGGAAAAUCAGUGCUUGCCCGAAUUCCAAACCCAAAUGCCGGCCCUUCGUUUUACACGACUGCGUCUGAAGUUGCGACAAUGGAAUUCGCUCGAAAUUUUCUCCAAAUUCCCGUACCCCGAGUGUUAGGUUGGAACGCCAGAACUGAUAACCCGGCUGGCUCGGAAUAUAUCUUUAUGGAAGAGGCGACUGGCACGCAGCUUGGAACGAUUUGGGAUGAGCUGAGUCCGGAUUCAAAACUCUCCAUCAUGAGAGAAGUGGUGGAUAUCGAGUCAAAGAUGCUUUCAGUGUCAUUUUCACACUUUGGCAGCAUAUAUUUUGCGAGAGAUGCAGUUGAAGGUGCAGUCCCCGCCAAGAUCACCAAUGAGGCUCCAGCAGAACUCAAAAAGCAUGUAUACGAGACGUUUAGUGUUGGACCUACUGUCGACAGGGAUUUUUGGAAGAGGGAGCGUGCUUCAAUGGACAUCUCAAGGGGUCCCUGGUCAACUCCCAAGGAUUAUGCAAUAUGUGUUGCCCAGCGCGAAAUGGAAUGGAUCAGAAAUUACGCCGUUCCAAAACCACCGAGCGACGCUACGUUGGUUUCAAUGGCCCAAAACAGUCCAGAGGCGCAUCUGCAGCUGCUAGAAAAGUAUCUCAGAGUGGCUCCUUCUCUCAUGGACAUUGAACCCAUCCUUACUCGCGCCACAUUGUGGCAUGGAGACCUUCAUUCCUCCAACUUAUUCGUGGAUCAGGGUCAUAUAACCUCCGUCAUUGAUUGGCAAGGGUCAUGGGCGGGCCCACUUUUCCUUCAAGCUCAGCCAUCCCCGCUUGUGGACUACCAAGGCAGUAUUCUACUUCGACGCCCGGAAAACUUUGAUGAUCUCGAUUCUGAGCAUCAAGCUCAGAUCAAGCAAAAAAUUUUCAAAUCAACCCUAUUCCAGCUCUAUUUGUUGGAAACCAAGAAACGGACCCCGCUGCUUACUAGAACAUUCCAUCUAGAUCAUGGGAAGACCAGGCGCCUUCCGGUUGAACUGGCCGGAAAUACGUGGGAUGACGACAUAGUCUCCUUUCGUGAGGCACUCAUUAAUGUUGAAAGGUAUUGGCAUGAACUUGGCAUCCAAGGCGAUUGUCCCUAUCGCUUCACGCAGGCUGAACUACAUAACCACUCAGUCGAUGCCGGUGGAUGGAAUGAGGUUCAGGAUUUUUUUGACAGUAUUGAAGGUCUUGUUAAAAGGGAUGGCUGGACGAGUCUUGAAACGUUUGACGCUGCCUUUGGGUUCUUCUCCGAACUGAGAAGACGGGGCCUCGGGCAUCUAAAAGGCGAUGAAAGGGACAUCUUCGAAAGACAGACCCGUUGGGCCAAACACACGAGCUGA